GGAAAACGUUGUCAGAGUGGGAGCUCUCUUUCCUAAUUUUGCUGUCAGGGUGGGAGCUCUUCCUUCCCACAUUCAGUUGGUGACGUUUUCACACCCAAGCGGUCAGUCGGCAGCUGGUAGGCAGCUAGCUUCUAGCUAACCCGCUACCUCCUCCUCCACCUCGUCCUCCUCCUCCUCCAGCUGAGCGGAGAGCUGUGAAUGAAUCCCGCACCUCUAUGCAUCUCCCGGGGCCGCGAUGGCAGCGACAGAGACGGUCUGACAUCGUAGCUAUGUAGCUUAAUGCCUCACAGUAUCCGUAGUUAAUGUUAGCCUGGUGAUUCGUGUAGCUGUUUCCCACCAGUAGCUAGCUGUUUUUCUGCCCGGGACAGACGGCCUCUCUCCAGGAGGAUGCUGAAGCUGUUCGGCGCGCUGGUGGUUCUCGGGCUGGCCAUGGCGUGCAUCACCUCCUGGGUGCUGGACAGCUACGACACGGCAUGGCACCCGAAGCGGAGCAUCCAGCACCCCACUGCCGGUGAUGGAGAGGAACAUACCGGGUUCUCGCCACCAUUUCCCGGCGGCGAGUUGAGCAAUGUGUUCUGGUUUAUACAGGUGUCCGACAUUCACAUAAGUAGAUUUCACGACCCAAGACGCAUUCCUGACUUUGAAAAGUUCUGCACUGAAACGAUUGAUGUGAUCAAGCCAGAUCUAGUGCUCGCAACAGGGGAUCUGACAGAUGCUAAAACGGAGAGUAAGGUGGGUUCGCUCCAGCACGAGGUGGAGUGGCAGGCCUACCACAACAUCCUGAAGAGGUCACGUGUGAUGGAGCGCACAAGGUGGAUAGACAUCCGAGGAAAUCAUGAUGCCUUCAAUAUAAUGUCAUUGGACAGCGUCAACAAUUAUUACAGGAAGUACUCUGCUAAUCAGAAAAUAGGCUCAUUCCACUAUGUUCACAAAACUCCCUUUGGCAACUACUCCUUUGUCUGUGCGGAUGCCACUCUGACUCCGGGACCCAAGAGGCCGUACAAUUUCUUUGGUAUUCUUAACCAGACUCAAAUGGACCUGCUGGACACGUUCAGAGCUGAGAGUCUGAAAAGCAACCAGUCGAUCUGGUUUGGCCACUACACCACCUCCACUAUCGUCUCCCCAUCUCCGGGAAUCCGACACUUGAUGAGAUCUGCAGUUGCGUAUCUGUGUGGCCACCUGCACACGCUGGGCGGCCUGAUGCCCGUUCUCCACAGCCGACACCCCACAGGCACCCUGGAGCUGGAGCUGGGCGACUGGAUGGACAAUCGCAGGUACAGGGUUCUGGCAUUCGACCACGACCUGCUGAGUUUCUCUGACCUGAAGUUUGAGCAGUGGCCGGCCGUGCUCAUCACCAACCCCAAGGACGCUCAAUACCUGCAUCCCGGAAUGGAGCCGCUCGGGCGAAUACGGGGAUCAACGCACAUCAGGAUCUUGGCUUUCUCGGAGGCCACAAUCACAGCGGUGCAUGUGAGCGUGGAUGGGGAACCUCUGGGGGAAGGCCACUCUGCUGGAGGACCUCUCUAUGUUCUGCUGUGGGAUCCAUCUCUCUACCUCACUGGACUGCACACCAUCAGAGUUAUAGUGGAGGACUCGGCGGGCCGGUCGUCAGCGCGGGAGCAGCACUUUACUCUGGAGGGCGACCUGACACCCAGCUUCGGAUUCGUGCAGUCCUUCAUCCUCCUCACAGACCACUACAUCCUGGCCCGGGCGGCCUUCAUAUUCGUGAUACUGCUGAAUGUGGGGGUGCUGCUGGCCUUCAGGUUCCUGCCUGCUCCUUCCGGGAGAGGAUUGACCUCUCAAGCAUGCAUGUCGCUCCAUCUGGUCAGCACAAUGGACAGCUUCUACUACUCUCUGCUGCUCUUCAACCUGUGUACAGCCUUAGGUCCGUGGUUUGUAGGAGAGCUGAUAGAUGGCCAUAGUGGGGCCUGCUUCGCUUUCGGCGUGUUUGUCGAUGGGCAUUUCCUGGAAGGCAGUCUCACAUAUGUUAUUGGAGUCGUUCAACUGCUUUUCUUCAACAUGCCCCUCACCUGCUAUAUCUGCUGGAGCCUCCACCACCGUUGCCACGGCAACACCUUCCGAUCCCACUUCCUGCGGCCGGGCUGCCGCUGGCGGACUCUGGCGUUUCACCUCUUGAUGCUACUGCUGCUCACCUGGCAGGCACACGCCUGCUACUUUCUCUUCGAGACCUACGGCGCCAUGGCCUUCUUCCUGUCUCCGGUCCGCACGUGGGCGUUUGGGCUCAGUCUGCUAUUGGUCUACCGCGCCUGGACAUGCCCCGCCCCUGUCGCUCGAGACAACAGCAAGAGCAUUACUCCUUCUUGACAGUAAUUGCACUGUUUCCACCACGAUCUCCCCGGAGCCCGAUCUAUUUUACUGUCUCUAUCCACCUGGAAAGCAGCUCCUUCCUUUCUUUCUCUCUUUCUUCCAAAGCCCACCUGACAGUGCAUCACUCACUAUCCUGUUUAUAGGUAGUAUUGUUUACUUAAUAUGCAUGUUAUUGUUAAACACCGGUGAGCACAUUUCUGGCCAUAUACAAAGCAAUGUGUACAGUGUAAGAAAAGAAAAAACACCAGGGAUACAUUGAGGGGGGGGGAUAGCCUCUGGGUCCAAAGUGUGCAGAAGUUUACAGUCAGUGUAUUCUGCUGUGAUUAAAGGGAUAGUUUUUCAUUUUUAACGUGGGGUUGUAUGAGGAACUUAUCCAUCAUUACGUCCCCAAUUUGGACAAUACGGGCACAAAAGCUGAGCAACGUACUUCUCUGAAUGGGGGACAUUGUGGUUUAGAAACCUGAGAAAAGGCCCUAAUAAAAAAGUGACAUCUCUUUAGGUGUGUGCUAUAUUUAGAAUAUUUGAAAUGCUUUACCUUGCUGUCAGAAGCAUUUAUUUUAGGUGGCCAACAUAUUGUUUUUUCUGCUGCCCCCAUCCACAGCAGUACAUUGAUCUGCUUCUGUGAUCAGGGGUGUGCCGAUCACAUUAGCUACUGAUAAAGACCUCAUGCAACAGCAUGUCAAAAAUCCAAACUAUCCCUUUAGGCUGACUCAUUUACUUGAGCUCUAGCACUUUUUGGAAGUGUUGCCUCGGCCGAAUGCCACCUCACCACUGCCAAAGGAUGAAUAAGAGCGACUUCUUCACCUUUUAUUCUUCCGCUGAAAAUCAUUUCAUUAGCUAAUGAAGGCUGGACGUGCCAAACCAUACCUCGUGUUUACCUGCUGACACACAAACAGUGUGGAUAAGAAAGCUUCAUUUUGUAUUCUGUAAGCUUUCCUAACUUCCCAUGGCUGACAGUGUUGUAGUUACAGUAACUCUGGUGUAGAUGACGCAGGAAAUGCAACCCAGAUCAUCAUAUGUUAAGGUUUCUUCUACACGAUUAGGGGGGAUCAUAGGAAGGAGAUUUCAAAAUCAAUCACAUACUGUAGUUGGUCUGUGUUCAAAUAGUUGAUGAUUGAAAGUGUUUUUUUUUUUUAAUACCAUUGCACACAACUGCCACAUGAAAACAUUUCAAUAUUCGCAGUGAAUAGUCAAAUACGUAUGCUGUUUUUCACCAAAACACAUCAACAUGCCGGCCUGGCUCUUCGUGCUCCUUCAAAUGUGACUACAGAAAGCAGCUGUUUGUUUCUCAGGAAUGUGAGCACUUGAACAAUAGGCUGGUCCCAGUAGUAUUUCAGGACAAUGUUUUUAUACUCCAUAGUAGCUCAGUGAACUAAAAACCAUUUUCAGCCGUCGAGAUGUGUGGUGGCUUCAAAACAAAAUGAAUGUGUUUAUAGAUAUGAUGGAAUGAGGAGAACCAGCACUAUGCUGUUUUUAUUAUUUAUUCUUUCUGAUUGUAUUGAGUGAUUUCUCUUUUUACCCCCUUGUUAUAAAUCUGCAAUGGAAAUAGGUAUUCCUUGAAUUAAUUGAAGUUAAUUCGUGAGCUUUUUGUGUGAAAACGAUGUUUGUCUGCAUUGUUCUGAAACCGUUUGUUGCACUCGAUCCGUCUGUAGUAGCAGGUGCCUGAAAUCCACCAGGAUCUAAAUAUAAAAGACAAAUAGGAUAAAGACCACAUUUAUCAAGUCUUUUAAUAGAAGUAAUGUUCCAACACAGUUGAAUCCUGGUUUUUUUCUAAACCACACACAGUAUGAGUUCAGAAUAAUUGCUCAGUUGUGUGAUAACAUGCAGUUUAUUAUUAGAACAGCUGCUUGACACUGAGAAAGUAAAUUAUGUGCACUCUUGAUGGGAAUUGUUUGAAAACCUUUUCCCUUCUCUGCAGUCAAGUGGUAUUGGAGCAUUACCAAAUGAAUAGUUCCAGCGUAGAGACAGAUAUUAAAAAUGGAUGACUUUUGUUCUUGGCAUAGUUAAUUUCCCUCAUGCUGCGCAGUACCUCUCACAAGAUAUAUAUAUAUGUCCACAAGGAGGGAGUAGUGUGUUGCAUUUCACUUCUACACCAACCAAUGCAUGCACUGUUUUGUUUUCUGUUGCAGAAAAGCACCAAUGUUAUACUCUGAAUCUGGUUGUGAUCGUUAUGUACUGUGCACUAAUUUGACUGUUCACAAAAAAACAACCAUUACUACCACUAAGUCUCUGAGAGGGCAUACACUGUAAGUAAUGUACCAGUGUUCACUUAGUUUGCAUCCCAUCCUAUGUUCAAACACUGAAGUAUAUGAAUGAAAAGACAAUGAUUUUACACCUGCCACAUAUUUUUCUUGUGACAACUGAAGGUAAGAGCCAACCACAAUGUUAUUUUAUUAAUGGUUUAUAGUGCUGUGGAAUAAAACGUUCAUUACAGUAAAUCGUA